UCGCAAGUACACGCAAUGUCGACACCUCAUUUCAAUCUUGCAGUCCUAAUUUCGGGAAACGGCUCCAAUUUGCAAGCUCUAAUCGAUGCUUGCGCCUCCUCCGCACUCCCAAAUACGCGGAUUACGCAUGUCAUAUCAAAUCGAAAAGCAGCCUACGGCCUCGAACGCGCGAAGAAAGCGUCAAUACCAACAAGCUACCACAACCUCGUCCCAUACAAGAAGAAGCACGCAGAAACGCUAGAUGGCGCACAAGUCGCCCGCGCCGAAUACGAUGCCGAUCUAGCUAAAAUUGUCCUCAAUCUCGACCCUCGACCCGACGUCAUUGUUUGCGCUGGCUGGAUGCACAUAGUCACUCCUGAUUUCCUAAACCCGAUAGCGGAAGCCGACAUCAAGAUCAUCAAUUUGCAUCCUGCACUACCAGGUGAAUUCGCAGGUGCUGGAGCGAUAGAGAGGGCAUGGCAAGCAUUCCAGAAAGGGGAUAUUAAGAGGACGGGGGUAAUGAUACAUGAGGUUAUCGCAGAGGUGGAUGCGGGGAAGGCGAUUGUUACUCAAGAGGUACCAUUGAGGGAAGGAGAGUCGUUGGAGGAUUUAGAACAGAGGAUACAUGGUAUUGAGCAUGAGCUUAUCGUCGAGGGCACCCGAAGGACGCUGGCGACUAUCAAGAGAUGAAGAGAAGGAAGGCUUUGGCUACGAACUAGGAAGCUUGAUUGAUGGAAAAUUACCAGUUACCAGGAUGUGGGGGCUUAGAGUGAUACAGCAGCAGUAAUCACUGUAACCGAAGCAGCCCAUGGAUUCCCAGAAGAGUUGCUUCUUGCUUUGCGAAGCCGCCCCAUUCCAACGACUCCAG